GAAUGGACACACAAGGAGGAAUGUCCCGUAACACUGGACCCGGUUUGUACGAGUUCCUUAUGGAAGCUGAGCUUCAACAAUAUUAUCCUGGGAUUCGAGGGGACUUGAAGGUACAGACGACUGCUCAGUUGAAGUAUGUAACAGAAGAAGAUCUAAAUGCCAUUGGAAUGAGUAAGCCUGAGAUGCGCCGGUUGAAGAAGUACUUCCAGAAACAUUUCCCCCAGAAUUACCUGUCCAAAUUCAAGAAGAUGCUCCUGCCGAAACGCGAGGAGCAAACCUCGGGCGCUUUGACAAUGCUGCCGGAGGAGAGGCAGGAUCGACCACCGAUUCGUGUUCCUAAUAAGCAUAUGAUACCGGCAGACGCUAUUAUUGUGAACAAAGAACUGGGAACAGGAGAGUUCGGAGUUGUGCAACAAGGCGUAUGGACGAACGACGGAGAGAGAAUACAAGUGGCGAUCAAGUGUCUGUCACGUGAGAGAAUGCAGAAUAAUCCUAUUGAAUUUUUGAAAGAAGCAGCGAUAAUGCACGCGAUCGAUCAUGAGCAUAUUGUGAGGUUAUACGGUGUAGUCUUAGAUACGAAUUCUUUAAUGCUCGUGACGGAAUUGGCGCCGUUGCGAUCAUUGCUGGAAUGCCUGAAGGAGCCAAGCCUGCGUCCCAGUUUUCCAGUUCUUUCACUCUGCGACUUCGCUGUACAGAUUGCGGAUGGUAUGCAGUAUUUAGAAGCGAAACGAUUAAUACAUCGUGAUCUCGCCGCACGAAAUAUCCUGGUCUUCUCCAAGAACAAAGUGAAAAUAUCCGAUUUCGGAUUGUCCCGCGCUCUGGGGGUCGGGAAGGACUAUUACCAGACGAAUUUCAAUGUGAACCUGAAAUUACCGAUCGCCUGGUGCGCCCCGGAAUGCAUAUCUUACUUAAAAUUCACCUCGGCGAGCGACGUGUGGGCCUACGGUGUGACACUUUGGGAGAUGUUCAGUUACGGUUUCCAACCCUGGGCGGCGCUGACGGGUCACCAGAUCCUGGAGGCGAUAGACGAGCCGAAUUUUCAAAGAUUAGAACAGCCAGAGUGCUGUCCGAAAGAAUAUUUCUCGUUGAUGCAACAAUGUUGGCAGCACGAGCCAUCGAAGCGGCCUAAGUUCUCGGAAUUGAUCAAUCUGUUGCCUGAUUUGAAGCCAGAGCAAGUUCAGGCGGUUCAGGAUAGCACAGAGACGGGCCAGCUUGUUUAUAGGCAAGGCGACGUCAUUACCGUACUGGACAAGGGGAGCAGCAACACGUUGUGGAAGGGCGUUCUGAACAAUGGGAAAACAGGCUUCUUCAAUCCUGCUCACACGAUAGCCUAUCUUGGCUCGAAUUUGCCAAGUAACAAGCCUGGCGAAUUUACUCGCGGAGAUGGUAAAAAUGCAUUCUCCUCCCAGCGACGGAAAAUUCGCACGGACAUGAUAUCUUCGCCGCAAGGCGAUUUGAAGCACACCGGCCAUGUUGGAUUGGACGGUGCCUAUUUCGGCGAUAUUGGCUUCCUUGGCGGGAAGAAUCCCCAUCUACCAAGGCAGGUAGUCACUCCCUACAAACCGCAAGAGGAUGUCACAGACAAUUCUAGUCAGAUCGUGAACCAAGACGCACGGAACACAGAAACUAACAGAGAUUUAUCGAGGGACAACCGAAAUGUCCAGCAGGAUACUCAAAACAAGCACGAAAGCUUGUGGUCGGACACGAGUUCCGAGGUGUGCCAUAUGGGGACAGUGGCUAACUCGAGUAAGCACUCUGUCUCGACAAACAUGGCGAACAGCACGGACGCACUUGGAGCGGACCACGAGUACCAUGAGAUCAGCGACGAGGAGAAUCAAGAGAGUCCGCUCCGAUUCGACCAAACGUUGAACUUCGAUUUCGGUCCGAGUUUGUUGGCCGAAAUGGAUCAAAUGUUCCGAUCAUUGGGGUCUUCACCACCGCCGCCGCCACCUGUUCAUCCCCUGUCCGCUGAACACGAGUCGAGUAACGUGAGAAACGAGCUGAGGGAGAUACAGGCGAAGCAGUGUAACAAGAAAAAACAAGCCACCGUGAAGCCUAUCUCAGCAGCCGAUCAGAAAACUCUCUACUCAGCCAUUGCUAUGGCACAGGAAUUGACGGCACGUUCCAUGACAGAUCUUGAACAUCCACCGGAGUCUCCCCGAACACCCGCCAGUCCUUCAAGACGCAGAAAGUUCUCUUUUAAGUUGCCACAUCAACACAGUCCUAAACCAGACAGACGACACUUUUCAGAGGAAGCAGCCAGUAUACCUGACAUACAGGCGACAUUGUCGGACGAGGCCAAGGAGGUGUACAACAGUCUAGUGGAGACGCCCAGCAUAGACACCGCACCUGACACGAAUCCGUUGCGUAUGCUGCGCUCCGGAGUGCCGAUAGUCAGGCCUCGAAUCCGCGGGAACAAACACGCCACCCUGUCCCAUACUGGCUCCCAUCAGGAGGACUUGUCCAGCGACACCUUUCACUUCGACGCUUAUCACAGUGGCUCGAGGACCCUGCCCAAGAUCAGAGCGCCGCCUCUACCACACGUUCCUCCCCCGUUACCGCAAACACGACACCUGGAGAGGCACCAUUCCGCCUUGGAGAUCGAGAACAAUCAGAAUCAGAACAAUGUCGAUGAGAAUCCGAUACCAUUGCCGCCCAGGGACAGGUCGAAGACCCUACAGCCUAAGUACAGUCUGCCUAGGCAUCAAAGAAAGCAUCCCCUGAUCAUUCCUGGUGAUGGGGUAACCAGAACUCUAGCCAAAAUGGCGGUGACCACACCGCCCAUCGAGGACCAGGUUGAUGGGAGUCUGCAAACUGCCAGCUCAUCGGUGGUCACUGCGUCCCAUCAAGAGGGAUACUCGUCGGAGACUUCGGCCAACAGUCCCGAGGAAUUUGAACAGCGCAUAGACUCCGAAUUGGCCGCUCUGGAUUCCCUCCCAGCCGAUGAAAACAACAGGCUUCAUCGGUUCAGCGUGAUCUCCGAAGACCUGCUUGAGUUCUCCGACAAUCUGAUAGACUGUGACGCCCCGGAAUGCCGAAGAUCAGCGUGGAAUCGAAAGAACGAAAUCGGCGAGACAAGCAGGAACUCGACUCCUACCGGGUCGAGCAAGUCCGAGGAAUCUGUAGCUUCCAGCAAACAUCAAGCUACGAGGGCACCCCUGGUCCAGAGGCCAUCCAACUACAUGAUGCAUUUCGAUUACGGGGAGUAUUCCGAGAACAGCUCGCAGAGGGUCAAACAGCAGCCGGAGAUGGUCGUGCAGUCGAAAGAGUCUUCCACUAUAGAGACAACGGAUAGCUUCCAUUCCGCGACAAACACGUACAAUCGGCUGUCCAGCGAGAAGCUACCGGGCCGUACCAGCGAUCUGUCGCGUCAGUCCGAUCACGUCAGUUGCGAGGACCUGCUGGAGUUCGCCUGCGACGGGCCGAACGCGAGGAGGACCCGUGGACCACGAAACGGCGAGCAGUCGGACGAGGUUAGGAUCAUGAUGAAGGUGUUGCACGAACAGUCCACACCGGAGUCUUGCAUCGCAGCGCUGAACGUCACCGAUUGGGAUGUUCUGGCGGCCAUCAAGCUGGAACGUCUUCAGAGUUUGUUGAAAAAGGAAAACAACUUCGUCGGCCUCGAGGACUGUAAAGUAAUGCUGAACCAGUGCGGCGGCGACGUCGUGAAAGCAGCUGCUUUAUUACGGAACACGGACGACACCGCUGCUGUUUGAGUUGGUGUUUUGGUAACGGGCUGGCCCAGCCACCAGACGCCUUGGAGAGCGCGUUAUUUCUGGCGGAGGAUGUUGACGGCCAAGCCGUCGUCGAAACAUGAUUUGGGGGGGUAAAUAGUAUUCUCGAAAAAUGACUUUUCUUCUCUCUCUUUUUUUUUUUUUGUUUUUGUAACGUUUUUGCGUUUGUCCCGCGUGUAGAAAGCUAGAACAAUUGAAGGCGACGUUUAUUUAUUAUUUUAGGAUUAUUAGAGACGGGAAUAGUAUUCGGACGUAUUCUUUCUACUGCCUAGAGAUGAGACAGGCACUCCGAUUUAGUACGUCGAUUGAGCUUCUCCUACAACGAUACAUGGCUGCGGGCUGGUCUCGCGGGAACAGAACAGAGUCUUUUAUGGAUGGAACCUAGUGACCUUCAUUGAAAUUCACUCGAGUGGGCUGUUGAACCCCUAGUAGGUACAAAUUGUCAGUGUUGAGAAGUGU